GCCCUUAAAAGUUGGUUCUCCUUUGGAGCACCAGCUUAUAGGAAAAUGAAAGCGAAACUUAUUAUAAAUGGGUCCUCACUGAACACUUCAGUCCUGUCGAGACCACGGCAUGUAAAGUGUCAUUUGACUUAACAAUCGUACAGUCGAUCUGAAGUGCAGUUGUUCCUAGUUUUUAUGUGUUUCAGGAUUGAUGCAGAAUUAAUUGUGUCAUAAUGAACAGUCUGAAAGUUGAGUGGUCGCCUAUUCACGAGGACCUCUUUUGUACCUCCAGUCAAAACAAGAUACUGUUGUACAAAGUUGUGAAGUCAAGGGAAAAGCCAGCACAGAAAGUUCCAGUUGUAAAGCAGAUAGCAGAUUCGUUAUGGGCGAUAGAACAACCUAAGGCUAUAGAAAUGGGAAUGUUAAAGACAGUUGCCUGGUACCCUAAGGCAGAACCAGAUAAAAUGCUGGCCAUGGGACUAGCAAAUGGAAGAGUGAUCCUAAACAAUUUCAAUGAAAAUAAUGACAGUGACUUGAUUAAGAAAGAAUUUGUUCCCAAGCACACAAGGUCUUGUAUUUAUUUGAAAUGGAACCCUGUGGACAGUCAUUUGCUUGCUGAGGGAUUGGAGAAGUACAGAAAUGAUAGCUGUAUCAACAUAUGGAACAUCCAUCACAAGCCUGGCAAUGAGCUCGGGGAGCGGCAGCGAUAUAGCUCUAGUGUCAGUGAUACUACUGGUGCCAUACACACGCCCUACGUAGAAAUUGGGGGACCAUCUGAAACAACAGCAUCAUUCGAUUGGUUCAAGAAAGAACCCAGGACGUUUGUGACAGGGAUGAAUGCAAGAUACCUCAGGAUUUACGAUCUAAGAGAUUGCUCACGUCCACAGAUCCAGACACAGACAAAAAUGAUCCGUGGUGUGUGCGUGGACAAACAGAACGAGCAUAGAAUCGCCUCAUUUAACGAGAACCACGUCAGUGUCUGGGAUGUGCGGAACUUUGACAAACCAAUGUUGACGUUCCAAGAACCAAAAGCGGUCUCAGCAAUCCGAUGGUGUCCCACUAGGAAAGGGUACUUAGGAAUUUUAAGUCAAGAAAGCUUGGCUGUUAGAAUCUAUGAUAUUCUUCAUCUGCCUCAGACAGUGGGUUCAGAUGAGCUAGAUCAGUACUACAGUGAAAGAACAAUUAAAGUGUUGAACGGCCAGGUGGUAACUUCUUUUUCCUGGCAUCCCAAGCACGACAGCCGCCUGUUGUCCAUCACCCAGCAGGGUGCACUCAGGGACAUAGUCGUGCAUGAACACAUGCCGUUUAACUGGUCAGCAGAUUCUCAUUUAGUCACAGCACACGGAAAAUUAAUGAGUGAUACCUCACUUUGUCGAGACGAGUCUGGGCAACAAGAUAUUUCCGUCAAAAUGAAGGAACGUAUCAUUGAGGGUUAUGGACUGCAGUCGGACCACAUAUGGCACAAUGUUUUUGCUGUCAAAGAUGAGCCAGAGUUACAUGGGGUGUGGAGAUGGUUGUCGUAUGCUCGAGAAAUGAUUGAAUACACCAAACCAGCACAAUUCACACAGCGAAGCGUGCAGGGCAGACACCUUGGAGUGAAAAGCAUUCUGGGAUUGGAUAGCGAAGACAUGCCCACCUCACAAAUGACCAAUAUGUACUGGACAUCUGACUUUUCUCGAAAAUUAUCUUGUGUAAAGCAGUAUCAUAGUGCAGAAAGAUCUAAGGCACUACAGUUGUGUGGCUGGGGAGGUGACAGACACAGACCAGAGCUUUUAGACACAAUUCUGCUUGAACUCCAAAUGGAUGGUCGAUACACGAUAGCUGCUGCCAUGGCUCUGUUUAAUCUACAGAUCUCCAAAGCCAUAGAGAUACUUAGCACGAGCAGUUCUAAAGAUCAAGGCACUCAAACAGAGAACACAGAUUUGAGUACAGUUGCCAUGGCGAUCGCGGGUUACACGGAGGAGAGAAACACCCUCUGGAGGAAGACAUGUGUGUCUUUACAACAGAAGCUUCAGGACCCCUAUCUCAGAGCCAUGUUUGCCUUCCUGACCUCCGACCGGGAAAAUUAUGAGGAAAUUCUGAGACAUGGAUGGAGGAAGACUGACCAGGGCCUGAUGCAGUUAUCUGACAAGAUUGCCUUCGCCUGUAUCUAUCUAGAUGAUGAAAAGCUUACAGACUACAUCAGUGGAUUGACAAGGAAAGUGAUAGAAACUGGCAAUUUAGAUGGCCUGCUCAUUACAGGUAUAAAACCGGAAGGUGUCUCCUUGAUUUCUAAAUACGUGGACCUGACGGGGGACGUACAGACAGCGGCUCUCGUCUGUGUUUUCUCCCUUCCCAAUGAAAUGUCAAAAGAUGAACGAGUCCUCAACUGGAUUGAAUCGUACCGGGAGUUACUGGACCGAUGGCGACUUUGGCAUCACAGAUCUAAGUUUGACAUCAUCUGGCAUGCGAGUGAUAACUUUCGUGUGAUAUCUCAGGCCUUUGUCAGCUGUAAUUUUUGUGGUAAAUCAAUAGCGUGUAACAUGCCUGUAGCCAGUCGAACUCGACCAUAUAACUCGUAUUCAGCAGGAACGUUGACCUCCACGAAACCAAAGAUAUCCUGCUGCCCGGGCUGUAGGAAGCCCCUCCCUCGAUGCUCUCUUUGUUUAACACAUCUUGGGACCCCCUCAGGAUCGGCACUGUACUCACAGAAAGACAAAACUACAUACUCCGUGAAGAUGACGGCCAUUGGCGAUUGGUUUACCUGGUGUCAAUCAUGUCGACAUGGAGGCCACGCCUCUCAUCUGUGGGAGUGGUUCGCGGAGCACUCAGAGUGUCCUGUCACUGGUUGUCAGUGUAAAUGUUUCACAUUGGAUCACUCAGCACGACUCAAUGCUGAGAGUUAACAAAAACUGUUAGUGUAAAUGUUUCACGUUGGAUCACUCAGCACGACUCAAUGCUGAGAGUUAACAAAAACUGUUCUAAAAACUACAUCAUAUCAUGGGACAAACAUCUUUGAUACCAAUAGAUGCUGGAAAAGCUGUAAUUUUCAGACAUUUGUCAUCAAGAUGGACUUUGAUAUCGGAGCAAUGCGGUCACGUGAUUCUUAUGUAGUGGAAGUGGCAAAAAGACAUGAUUAAAUCUACGCUGUUUGAAUAUGCGAGUUGCGUAUUUUAGAAAGGCAUGAGUAGAAUCUACUUUUUCGGAACCUAAGAGUGUCUAACUAAAUAAGCUCCUAAACUCUC